ACACACACACACACACACACACACACACGCACACAUACACACACAUACACGCGCGCACACACACACACGCACACACACACACAUACACAUACAGAGAUCCGGGUUGGGGGGAGCUGCAGCGCGAGAGAGCGCGAGCCUCCGAGAAAGCGCGAGACACGCCGGCGCGUGCAGCUCCCCGGACGCAGCCUCGUCCCGGCCGGAGCCCCGGCGCCACCCGCAGUUGGCCCGCUAGCGCCCGCCCAGGGCAUUUAUGCGGCGGCCACGUCCUCCCGCCGCAGCUUCCUCGAGUCCCCCCACCCCUGGCGUCCCCCCAACUCGCAGCCGCGGCUGCCGGGACUCGAGCGUGGGUGUGUUGUUCGGGGGCUUCUGCCUGGGCGCGCUGCGGGUGCCACCUCCCGGGACUCUGCCCACGGGGUCCCUGGCCGCGAUCAGACAAAUAAGAGGCGUCUGUUGAAGUUUGAUCCCCACCUACUCUGUAAAUAGAAGAAUAUUCUGGAGAAAGGAGGAUUGCAAGCACAAAGAAUAAGACUGUGACAUCCAGAGAGAGGGCUGAAGUUCAUCCCUCCACUUGGCUCUUCUAUGUGAUGCUGGGGAUGAAUGUACGUAGGAUUCCAUUCCAAGGUUGACUUGAAAGGUUCAUCGAAGAUUGAGAACAGACAGGUAUUAAGUCAUGAUGCAGGAAUCUGCGACAGAGACAAUAAGCAACAGUUCAAUGAAUCAAAAUGGAAUGAGCACUCUAGGCAGCCAAUUAGAUGCUGGCAGCAGAGAUGGGAGAUCAAGUGGUGACACCAGCUCUGAAGUAAGCACAGUGGAGCUGCUGCAUCUGCAACAACAACAGCAGGCUCUCCAGGCAGCAAGACAACUCCUGUUACAGCAGCAAACAAGUGGGUUGAAAUCUCCUAAGAGCAGCGACAAACAGAGGCCAUUGCAGGAAUUGCCUCCAGAAACAAAAUUAUGUGCCUGUGUCCACUCUCCUGGUGAUGGGCAUCCUCAGAGCACAUUUGCAGUGCCCGUGUCAGUGGCCAUGAUGACGCCCCAGGUGAUCACCCCUCAGCAGAUGCAGCAGAUUCUCCAGCAGCAGGUCCUGUCUCCUCAGCAGCUCCAAGCCCUCCUCCAGCAGCAGCAGGCAGUGAUGCUGCAGCAGCAACAACUACAAGAGUUUUACAAGAAACAGCAAGAGCAGUUACAUCUUCAGCUUUUGCAGCAGCAGCAACAGCAGCAGCAGCAACAGCAGCAGCAGCAGCAGCAACAGCAACAGCAGCAGCAACAGCAGCAGCAGCAACAGCAGCAGCAGCAGCAACAGCAGCAGCAUCCUGGAAAGCAAGCGAAAGAGAAGCAGCAGCAACAGCAGCAGCAACAACAACAGCAGCAGCAGCAGUUGGCGGCCCAGCAGCUUGUCUUCCAGCAGCAGCUUCUCCAAAUGCAGCAACUGCAGCAGCAGCAGCAUCUGCUCAGCCUUCAGCGUCAGGGCCUCAUCUCUAUCCCACCAGGCCAAGCCGCCCUUCCUGUCCAGUCGCUGCCUCAAGCUGGCUUAAGUCCUGCUGAGAUUCAGCAGCUAUGGAAAGAAGUGACUGGAGUCCACAGUAUGGAAGACAAUGGCAUUAAGCAUGGAGGGCUAGACCUCACAACUAACAAUUCCUCCUCGACUACCUCCUCCACCACUUCCAAAGCAUCACCACCAAUACCACAUCAUUCCAUCGUGAAUGGACAGUCUUCGGUUCUGAAUGCAAGGCGGGACAGCUCGUCGCAUGAGGAGACUGGAGCCUCCCACACUCUCUACGGCCAUGGAGUUUGCAAGUGGCCAGGCUGUGAAAGCAUAUGUGAAGAUUUUGGACAGUUUUUGAAGCACCUUAACAAUGAGCAUGCGUUGGAUGACCGAAGCACUGCCCAAUGUCGAGUGCAAAUGCAGGUGGUACAACAAUUAGAAAUACAGCUUUCUAAAGAACGUGAACGUCUUCAAGCGAUGAUGACCCACUUGCACAUGCGACCCUCAGAGCCCAAACCAUCUCCCAAACCUCUAAAUCUGGUGUCUAGUGUCACCAUGUCGAAGAACAUGUUGGAGACAUCCCCACAGAGCUUACCUCAAACCCCUACCACACCAACGGCCCCAGUCACCCCGAUUACCCAGGGACCCUCAGUAAUCACCCCAGCCAGUGUGCCCAAUGUGGGAGCCAUAAGAAGGCGACAUUCAGACAAAUACAACAUCCCCAUGUCAUCAGAGAUUGCCCCAAACUACGAAUUUUAUAAAAAUGCUGAUGUUAGACCUCCAUUUACUUAUGCAACUCUCAUAAGGCAGGCUAUCAUGGAGUCAUCUGACAGGCAGUUAACGCUUAAUGAAAUUUACAGCUGGUUUACACGGACAUUCGCUUACUUCCGGCGGAAUGCUGCGACUUGGAAGAAUGCAGUACGUCAUAAUCUUAGCCUGCACAAAUGUUUUGUUCGAGUAGAAAAUGUUAAAGGAGCAGUGUGGACUGUGGAUGAAGUGGAAUACCAGAAGCGAAGGUCACAAAAGAUAACAGGAAGUCCAACUUUAGUAAAAAAUAUCCCUACAAGUUUGGGCUAUGGGGCAGCUCUCAACGCCAGUCUGCAGGCUGCCUUGGCAGAGAGCAGUUUGCCUUUGCUAAGUAACCCUGGACUGAUCAAUAACGCCUCCAGUGGCCUCCUGCAGGCCGUCCAUGAAGACCUCAAUGGUUCCCUGGACCACAUCGACAGCAAUGGGAACAGCAGUCCGGGCUGCUCGCCUCAGCCACACAUACAUUCGAUCCAUGUCAAGGAAGAACCUGUGAUUGCAGAGGAUGAAGACUGUCCAAUGUCUUUAGUGACAACAGCCAAUCACAGUCCAGAGUUAGAAGACGACAGAGAGAUUGAGGAAGAGCCUUUAUCUGAAGAUCUGGAAUGAGAAUGAACUUGUGACACCUCAGUGUGAAGGGACAUAUCACUGACCUUCAUAACCACUCCACAACCAUGAAUAUUUGACAAAUUUUUACUGUGACUAUUUAUUAAGCAUGGAUAAAGGAGACAGCCCUAAAGGAACUUACUAAGCCAGCCCUUUGGGAUUCAGAACCAACAGGCAAAUUGCUUGUUUUCUUCUCUCUGUGUCUUUAUUGUUUAUUUCUUUAUUUUACUUUCUUUUCUUUUAAUUUUUUUCUUCUUUUUCUUUUUUUAGAAAAAAAAAGCAAAAAACUGAUUUUCUUGGGAAAAAAAGAACUGUUCUUUCCAUAAUGGCUCUGCCCAUUUAAAAAAUGUGGCUCUAAAGGGUUCAUGAAAUGACUGAGUAUGAGGAUACAUGUCCUAUAGAAAGCAACUGCGUCUCAUAUACUGCCAAAAAUAGUGUUAGUUUCAUUAAUGUGAAUUCUCCAGCAUUCAGUAGUUGUAAUGUUAGAAACAAUUGCUGGUCAAGUUCAACUUGUUGCUAUUGUUUUUAAUUUGCACAGGAGUAGUAUCAGAAAUUAGUGUCACUGCUUGUAUCUAGCUCAAUUUUAAACAACAGAACAUUAGUUUUUUAUGUUGGUGCCACCAACUGUAAAUGACAUAAGUUAGUUAUUACAAAACACAGUAAUUAGACUGUUGCAACCAUCUAAAACCUUAGGCUUCCAGUCUGUGCUGUUAGUGUUAAGAUGUAAAGUGCAAUCCUAAGCUAACAUUAUCUGUGCAAGCACCAUAGAAACAUUUGCAUAUCUGCAUAGAUCUUACAACUGUACUCUUUACCUCCUUGUGAUAAAGCUUUGUCUACCUGCAAACACAGUCAAAGGCCACAGCUGCAAACCAAAGCCAACUCUAACCAUGGCCAAGAGCUCAAGGACAGAAGCAGCCACAUGCUUUGGUCAGCCUUCUGUAACUUCAAUGCGUACAAAGGAACCUUUUCCAUGAACUACCUGCUGUUUUCUGAUGACCUCUGGGAUCUUUUCAUUUAGCCCUAAACAAAGAAACAAAUAUGAUAAAAAACAAAAAAACCACAACUAAAAGAGUUCAUUCAGUCACAGAGUAAUCUUCUGAGGCCAAAAGUCCAUCUAAAUGCAAUGAAGAUUUGCUUUCCUUAAAGACAGAGGUGAGGACAAAAUCUGCAGUGGAAGUUAUGACAUACUAGAAAGCGACAAAUGUGGAUCACUGACCAAAACAAUUAUGUACUUGAUGCAAAUGCAGAUUGCGUAUUGUUAUAUAUAUAUAGUACAUUGUGUUUUUGUUUUCUCCAUCCAGUCAAUUCUUUUUGGUGGUGAGUACAUGUUGUUAGAAGUACAUGUCUUGUAUGGUCUUAAUCUCUGUUGUGUACUAUUUUUUUAUAGUCUUAAGUUAUAAUGAAAAAAAAAAAACAAAAAGUAGGAACCAAACAUAAAAGGUCUAGUAAAGCCAAAAAUUAAUUUCCUAUUGAUUUUAAAGUGAUCUAGCUGAGUUUUUACACUGAAAGCAAAGAUUAUAGCAAGUGUAGCCCAUGGUAUUUAUUUUCAGUCAAACCAAAGUUACAUAUACUUCUGCCUCUUCUUAUAUGGGAAAUGAACACUAACACACUCCCUUCAAAGACUUGCGCAGGCCAAAUUGUUGGAAUGCUGAUUUUCUUGACAACUCUAAACCCCAAAACUAUGAUAAUACGUUAUGGUGUAGUUGAAGAUAGCGUAGUCAGAUGUUUGCUUAAAACCUAGAGACUUUCCGUGUUGCUUUUCAUGUGCUGUGCCAAGUCUUGAUAAUACUUUUUCCCCCAACCAAGGGACCUCAUAACCUGAUUAUGGUUAUUGCUUUACAAACAGUUUUGACAGAAGGUGGCUGCUAGAGCUUAACAUAUGUCCCGGUUCCACGUGGUGGAGCCGGUUCUUGCAAACUAAGCUCAAUGUUUAUCCUUUGCUGAAGUCAGCAAAUAGAGUUAGAGAGAUACCCAGUCAUUUAUCACACCAAAUAAAAGGACAUAACGGCUUUCAAAAGGGUUUUCCCACUUACCCAAAAGGCUUUCUGAAAGCUUCUACCUCUGCAAAAAAGAAAAAAAGAAAAAAAAAGAAAAAAAGAAAAAA